AUGGUUGCUACAAAGCUCGACGGCAAUGCUAUUGCCAAGUCGAUCAGGGAGAAGCUCUGUGCUGAGGUGACCGAGAAGCAGAAGCUCAACCCCAGGUUCAAGCCCUGCCUCAAGAUCAUCCAAGUGGGUGAUCGAUCAGACUCCUCUACCUAUGUUCGCAUGAAGCUGAAGGCUGCUGCAGAGGCUAGCAUUGACAGUCAACUGCUUCAAUACCCUGAGACUAUCUCAGAGGCAGAGCUCCUUGAUCAUAUUCGCCAGUACAAUAACGACCCCGCUGUUCAUGGCAUUUUGGUUCAACUCCCUCUUCCCAAGCACAUCUCUGAGUACAUCAUCACGUCAUUUGUGGCAGAUGAGAAGGAUGUCGACGGCUUUGGCACCAAGAACAUUGGAGAGCUUGCUAAGAGGGGCGGCAAGCCUCUUUUCAUUCCUUGCACACCCAAGGGUUGCAUGAUUCUCCUUAAGGAGUCUGGUAUUGACCUGAAGGGAAAGAACGCCGUUGUCCUUGGAAGAAGUGAUAUUGUCGGUAGUCCCGUGAGCUAUCUCUUGCGAAACGCCGACGCCACUGUUACCGUUGUUCACUCCAAGACGCAAAACAUUGAGCAACAUGUUCGAAAUGCAGAUGUUAUCGUCGCCGCUAUCGGUCAGCCUUUCUUUGUCCAGGGCAGCUGGAUCAAACCUGGUGCUGUUGUCAUCGACGUGGGAACUAACUUCAUCCCCGAUUCCACCAAGAAGUCUGGUCAGCGACUCGUUGGUGAUGUGGACUAUGCUGCUGCCUCCGAGGUUGCUUCCGCCAUCACUCCAGUUCCUGGCGGUGUCGGACCCAUGACGGUUGCCAUGUUGAUGCAGAACGUUGUUGAUGCCACAACCUGGUACUUCGAGUCUCAGAAGCUUCGAAAGACCAUCCCUCUACCCCUGAAGCUGGAGGAUCCCGUUCCUUCAGAUAUCGCCGUCUCGCGAGCACAAACACCCAAGGACAUCACCCGUAUUGCCUCAGAGAUUGGCAUUGCGCCUCACGAGCUGGAGCCCUAUGGCGCAUACAAGGCCAAGGUUGACCUUGGUCUCAUGCAACGACUGGAGCACCGAAGAAACGGUCGCUAUGUUGUUGUCACCGGUAUCACUCCCACCCCUCUUGGUGAGGGCAAGUCCACAACAACCAUGGGCUUGGCUCAGGCGCUGGGAGCUCAUGUUGGACGCUUGACAUUUGCCAACGUACGACAGCCCAGCCAGGGCCCCACCUUUGGUAUCAAGGGAGGCGCCGCCGGAGGAGGCUACAGUCAGGUCAUCCCUAUGGAUGAAUUCAACAUGCAUUUGACUGGCGACAUCCACGCCAUUACUGCCGCCAACAACUUGCUAGCGGCUGCUAUUGAGACUCGCAUCUUCCACGAGAAUACCCAGAAGGAUGGCCCCCUGUACAAGCGACUAGUCCCUGCUAAGAAUGGCGAGAGAAAGUUCGCCCCUGUUAUGUUCCGCCGAUUGAAGAAGCUCGGAAUCGAGAAGACCAACCCCGAUGACCUGACCGAAGACGAGAUCCACCGAUUCGCUCGACUAGACAUCGACCCUGAGACUAUCACCUGGAGACGAGUUCUCGACGUCAAUGAUCGUCACCUGCGAGGCAUCACGGUGGGCACCGCCCCUACUGAGAAGGGCCAGACCCGAGAGACUGGCUUCGACAUCACUGUCGCUAGCGAGUGUAUGGCUAUCCUCGCACUCAGCAACGACUUGGCUGAGAUGCGUGAGCGCCUGGGAUCAAUGGUCGUAGCCACGUCACGAAAUGGCGACACUGUCACAGCCGACGAUAUCGGUGCUGGUGGUGCCCUCACUGCUCUCAUGAAGGAUGCCAUCAAGCCUAACCUCAUGCAAACCCUUGAGGGUACUCCUGUCUUUGUCCACGCUGGUCCCUUUGCCAACAUUAGCAUUGGACAGAGCUCCAUCCUUGCUGACAAGCUUGCCCUGAAGCUUGCUGGUACUGAGGCUGAUGAGGAUCACAGCGAGAAGGCCGGUUUCGUAGUUACUGAGGCUGGUUUCGACUUCACUAUGGGAGGUGAACGAUUCUUCAACAUCAAGUGCCGCACCUCUGGACUUACUCCCGAUGUCGUUGUCAUCGUUGCUACAGUCCGAGCUCUCAAGGUUCAUGGUGGUGCUCCUCCUAUUGCCCCUGGUGCUGCCCUCAGCCCCGUCUACAAGGAGGAGAAUGUCGACAUUCUGCGCGCUGGUUGCGUGAACCUCAAGAAGCAGAUUGCCAACGCCAAGUCAUUUGGUAUCCCCGUCGUCGUGGCAAUCAACAAGUUUGUGACUGACACCGAUGCUGAAAUCGCUGUCAUUCGUGAAGAGGCAGUCUCAGCUGGUGCUGAGGAUGCUAUCUUGUCUAACCACUGGGCUGAGGGUGGUAAGGGUGCCGUCGACCUGGCUCACGGUGUUAUUGCGGCUGCCGAUAAGCCCAAGGAUCUCCAGUUCACCUACGAUCUCAAGGGAACUGUCCACGAGCGCCUUGAGGCUAUUGGAAAGAAAAUGUACGGCGCCGAGAAGGUCGAGCUCAGCGAACUUGCUCAGAAGAAGGUCGAUACAUACACCCGUCAAGGAUACGGCCACUUGCCCAUCUGCGUGGCCAAGACGCAAUACUCUCUCUCUCACGAUCCCGACCUGAAGGGUGCUCCUACUGGCUUUACGAUCCCCAUUCGCGACGUCAGGAUGGCCGCUGGAGCAGGAUAUCUGUACGCACUUGCUGCUGAUAUCCAAACUAUCCCCGGUCUGCCAACAGCCCCUGGAUACCUCAAUGUUGAUGUCAACGUGGAGACAGGCGAGAUCGAAGGUCUGUUUUAA